AUGAUACAACACAAGCACUUAGUAGCAGCUCCACCCAGACUCCAGCGUAUGCUUCUUCGUCUUCAGCCAUAUUCGCUUACUAUUGUCUACAGACCUGGAAAGGAUGUACCGGUAGCUGACUGCUUGUCCAGGCGUCCCCUUGGUCCCCCAGAACACAUUCCCCUUGACCUGCAAAUCAACUUUGUACAAUUUGCUCCAGACCGUUUGAGUCAGUUGAAGGAGGAAACAGCCAAAGAUGCUGAGUUUGCAGCACUCCGGGAGGUUGUCGUUAGAGGCUGGCCAGAGAGAAGACGAGAUUUACCAAGACAUCUUCAGAGCUACUGGGCUUUCCGUGACGAGCUUGCUGUCGAGGAUGGACUGAUCCUGAAAGGAGAACGUAUCCUAAUCCCAAAGAGUAUGAGAGAAUACAUACUGUCCAAGCUCCACGAGAGUCACCAGGAUAUUGAGAAGACAAGACUUCGGGCUAAGGCUUCAGUGUACUGGGAAUCUAUCAAUGAUGACAUUGAGGAUAUGGUGAAGGACUGCACAGUCUGCCAAGAGCGCAAGCCUUCACAACCCUGA